AUGGGGAGUAUCAAGCUCUGCCUUUUGCUGCUGCUGGGCACAUCCACACUAGCCCUGGCAAAACGAUUCAAGAACUUCCGGCGUUUUGUGUACGACUAUGAAGCUGAGACCUCUAACGGCGUGAACGGAGCUACUGACAACAAGAGCGGCCCCAAAGUCUCCUGCAAAGUUGAAGUUGAAGUGCCCCAGACCUGUAGCUUCAUCCUGCGCACAACAGAGUGCUCUCUGAGCGAGAUCUCUGGCGUGGACACAGAAGGAAACGCAGUGUAUCGUCCUGCCGAUGAAAAUCAGGCUUUCACAUCUGCCAUGGCCAAGAACGCUUUGAAGAUUACAGUUGAAGGACACCUCCGUGUUCAACUCUACCCCGAGGAUGACGAGCCUGUCAACAUCCUGAACAUCAAGAGAGGAAUCGUCUCUGCUCUCAUCGUGCCAGUAAUGGAAGAGGAGAAGAACAAACAAAUGGCCACCAUUCAUGGAAUAUGCCCCACCGACUUCAGCGUCAUCACCACAGAGGAUAUCGCCACCGAUGUGACUGUCAGCAGGGAUCUGUCCCAAUGUGACUUUUUCAUUGCCCACAGGCAGGUCACCAGUCCUCUGGCCCUCAUCACAGGCAUGAACUUCCCUCUGUCCAAGAUGAUUAGCAGCACCCAGACUUGCAACUACCACUUUGACAACCAGAAGAAGCACAUGACCAGCGGUACCUGCACAGAGAAACACAUCUUCCUGCCCCUUUCCUACCAGAAUGAAUAUGGAAUUUCUACUGUGGUGAAGCAGACUGUGACUCUGAGAGAGACCUCCAAGAUCAAUGACAGAAUCUUUGAACGCGGUGAGUGUUACAAGAAAAAUAAAUUAAAAAAUCUGGCCAUGGAGGUUGCUGACGAUAAGUCCCCUGUGCAGACCAAGGAUGCUGUCAUUGCCACCAUGCAGCAGCUGAACACCCUGUCACAGACCACUGAGGGUGAGGAACGCGCCAGCCUCUUCCACAAGCUGGUGUCUGAGCUGCGUGGCCUGAAGGUCGACGUACUCGGAUCUGCUACUGUUGAAAUGAUGGACAUGUCCGAACCUCUGACAUGGCAAGCUUUGGCUCAGUGCGGCACCCCAGAGUGCACCAGCGCCAUGCUGAAGGUUCUCAGGAGAUUCGAUGGUGGUGCUCUUGAGGUCGAUGCCAGUGUCUACGCCCUGGGACUGCUGCACAACCCCUCCUCUCUCAUGGUGAAGGACAUGCUGGCAAUGGCUCAGUACAAGCAGAGCAAACCCAUCAUGUAUGCUCUGAGCAAUGCAGUGAGGAAACUGUACAGGAUUGAAGGUGUCACCCCCGAGAUCUCUGCUGUCUCUGAGUUCAUGUCCUCCCUGCUGGGCGCAGACUGCGCUGGGGAUAAAGAUCUGACCUUCCUGACCUUGAGGGUUGUUGGUAAUAUGGGAGAUGCAAUGGAGGCAGCCGACCCUGCAAUUAAGAACACCCUGCUGAAGUGCAUGAGACAGCCUGCAACCACACUGUCUGUACAGCUGGCUGCCAUCCAGGCUUUCAGACUUAUGUCUCCUACUGAUGAGAUUCGCUCUAACCUCCAGAGGGUCAGCCAGUACCCCAAGGGUGCUGUGCAGAAGCGCCUGGCAGCUUACCUGAUCCUGAUGAGAAAUCCCCAGGAUAGUGACAUCGAGAUAGUGAAGAAGCUGCUGAAUCAGGAGCAGAACAUGCAGAUCAAGUCCUUUGUUACCUCCCACAUUUACAAUAUCAUUUCCUCCACUGAUCCAGAGACCAUGAAGCUUGGAAAGAGGAUCGUGGAUGCCCUGGAGGACACUGAAGUCGCCACACACAGUGACUACAGCACAAAGUCUCGCAACUACAAGCUGGGCAUGGCCAAUGAGAAUAUGCAGGCCGCCAUUCAGGGCAACAUGGUCUUCGAUCCCAGUAGCCAGUUGCCAAGAGAGGUGCUGCUGGAAACUACCCUGCAAGUUUUUGGUUUUGACAUGGAUCUUUGGGAGAUUGGCAUGGAAGGAAAGGGCCUUGAGCCAACCAUUGAUGCUUUGUUUGGAAAGAACGGGUUCUUCCCUGACACAUUGGGAAAGGUUAUGUACUGGACUUUGGAAAAGAUGCCACCAAAGAUGAAACAGGAAAUGGAUAAAUGGGUAUCUCCCAUGGACACAGAGGGGCGCAAGGUUCCCGAAAAUCUUGUAAGAGAAAUUGUUCGCAACUUCAACAAGCUGGUAAAGGAUCUGCAGAGUCAAGAGUCCCCAGAGGCCAUGGCCUACCUGAAGAUUAUGGGAGCUGAGCUUGGCUUCAUCAAGGGCAGCGAACUGAAGUUUAUUGCUGAUAAUGCACUAAUGUAUGCAGAGAUUUUCCUGAAGAUCAUUCCUUCCCAGGUUAUGGCUAAACUGAUGUCCAACACUGACAAUGAGCUCUUUGCCCAUUACAUCUUCAUGGACAACAAAUUCAUCAUGCCAACAGCAUCCGGCAUGCCUCUGACAUUUGCUCUGUCUGGCACCUUCACUCCUGGAGCAAAGGGAGGCAUUCGCAUGGCUCCAAACAUGCAGGAGCUGUUGUUCAAGCCCUCUAUUGGAGUUGAGUUUGUGACUAAGAUGGGAGUCCAUGUCCCUGAAUUCGUUGUGUCCGCUGUUGAGAUGCACACCAACAUUUACCAUGAAAGCACACUCAAUGCCAAGAUUACCAUGGAGCAAGGCCAGGUCAAGCUUUCCAUCCCCGCCCCACAGGGCACCACAAGGGUUUUGAGCAUCAGCAAUAAAGUGAUGAUUGUGGGCGCUGGCCAGUCUGCAGUGAUCCCCCACACAGAGGGUGAGUCAAGCUGCAGACCUCUCUUCUCUGGAGUCAAAUACUGCACCGAAACAAUCCGCGCAACAACUGGUGAUAAGACUGCUGUGCCUUACUUCCCCCUGAAUGGAGAGACCAAGUUUGCUUUGGACAUCAAGCCCUCUGACGAGGUCUCUGAGUACACAGCCACCAUCGCCUACAAACUCCUCAGGGAAGGAGAGGAGGGUCUCCAGAAAAUCGAUUCUCUGACAUUGGCUCUGAGAGCUGAGGGUUCUCAGCCAUCCGAGGCCACAGCCACUAUGAAGUACAACAGGAACAAGAAUGUCUUCACCACCCAGAUCCAGGUACCUGACUUUGAUGUUGAGGCCGGCGUUAAGAUUGGCAUGACUGACAGCAUUGCCAAAGGCCAAUCCAUUGUCCUCGAGAUCUCCAGCAAGAACGUGCCCCAGCUCUCUCUGAUUGGCAGUGCCAAGCUUCAGACCAUGACUGAUGGCAUGAUGCAAAUUCAGUUGUUGGUCCCCUCAAUGAAGACUGACGCUGCUAUCACUGCUACCAUGAGAAAUGCUGAUGUUCUCACCCUUGAGAUCAAGAGUGAUGUCAAGCUCCCAGAGACCUCCUCCAUUCAGGCAGUCAUAUUCAAAUAUGGUGAAGACCAGGCCGAGGUUCAGCUCACGUCCAACAUGAAUGCAGAUACUAAGAUCCUGGUGCCUUACACUGAAGCCGUCCAGGCCUGGCUCGGGCAGCUUGCAGAGGAUGUCAUGGACCAGCAGGUUGUCAAGACCGACAUGAAAGUGCGUCAUGUCAUCAACAAGGCAGUCGAGGCCAGUGAUAUCUGGAUUAACAAGAUCUCAGCUGAUGUUCCCUAUGUUGAGACUCUGAGGAACAAGAUUGCAAGUGUGGAAAUGCCCUCCAUGCCUGAAAAUCUAUUCAUGAACCUGGAUAGCAACAUCAUAUACAAGUUCAACCAGGAGCGUUUGGCCAUCACUGUCCCCCUGCCUCUAGGAGGCAAAUCAUCUGAGGAGCUAAGGAUACCUUCAAUGGUCAACUCUCCACACUUCUCCGUGCCUCAGCUGGAAAUCGACUUUGCCUCACGGGAGAUCCAAAUCCCCACUUUUACCAUCCCUCUUGAAUAUGAUCUCAGCCUGCCUCUGAUGGGCAAAAUGGAAGCAUUUGCCAAACUCAACAGCAACUAUUAUGACUGGGAAGCAACUGCAUCUGCUGGUAACAGCAGUGAAGAGACUCCUAGCUACAUGGCCAAGUUCAGCGUCAUGGCUGAAUGUCCAAUCAAACUUCUCUGCUUCUCAACUGAGGGAGCUGCAACAAUCACUGACACAACAGAAGGCAAUAUGAAACUCAACAUUGAUGGUUCCAUGAAGACCAUGCUCCUGAACACAGGUUUUAAUGUGCUUGAAACCAUUGCCGUCACAGAGAGUGUAUUGUCAACAGGAAGUUAUAACAUCUAUGCCACCUCUCCUGUGGGUCUGGACACAUCUCUGACUAUUACCACCCAGGUCACCAUAGAUUCCAACAUACUCUCUGGAGAUAUCAACACAGACGGAAGCCUGACUGUUGGACCCAUGGCUGCCAGCACCACUUAUCAACACACUUUCUCUGUUGAGCCAGCGAAGAAAGAAGCUAAACUGGAGAGUACACUGAGGGUGAACUCUGAAAUCCUGAAGGUCGCCAACAAGAUCAAGGCAUCUUAUGCAAACGAGGAACUUCUGAUUGAGUCCAACACCAACAUGAACACUGAACCAAUCAAGCACACCUCCAAAGUGAGCCUUAGCUACAAAGAGGUCAAGCUUACCAUCCAGUCUGACUCUGUGACCAAGGCUGAUGAGCGCAUGGUUCGUAGCCAGAUGGAGUUCUCUGCCUCUGAUGGACAGGCCAGCCUCAGGAUUGAGAAUCAAGCUGAUGACAGCGAGAACCGUGCCUACUCUUUGCUGACUGGGUCCCUGAACCCCUCCGGCUUGGAGAUCAAUGCUGAUGCAUCCCUGAACAUCUUCUCAAGCCUUGCCUCUCACAAGGCAACCUUGGCCCUGAACCAGAAUGGACUGACCACCAGCUGUACAACGACUGCUCAGUAUAGCCCAAUGACCUUCGAGAAUGUUUUCCAUGCCGGAGUUGACACAUCUGGUGCUACCGUGUCUAUCACCACCAAGGGAGCCGUUAAAGAUAACAAGGCAGAGCUCAGUGUUGAAGGAAAGCUUGCAAGCAAAGAAGUGUAUCUCAACUCCAUCCUCAAGGGUGAUCUCUUUGACAUCAACACCCUGAACAGAGUGAACCUCAGACUGAAUGAAGAUGGCUUGAUCAUGUCCAAUCAAAUUGUUGGAUCUCGCAAUGAGAUGAGGACCGAAAAUAUCCACUCACUGUCUCUCUCACUGGGAUCUUUCACCCUCACCUCAAAGACUGACAACUUCCUUGACAACAGAAACUCAUACAUGCAUGACAUCACAGUUAACAUGGAGCGUUUUACUGUUGCAGUUAAUGUGAAAAACGACCUGAAGAUCAUGGAGAUUAACUUGGUAAAUGAUGCCCAUUUCAAGGCAGAGCCCUACAACCUGGAGCUGACUGGAACAAUGAAGGGAGCGUUUUCAGAGGAAGAGCUGAAGCACACUUACGAAGUCAAGUUUGUCGAUAUGGUCCUCUCUGCAAAGUGCACUACAAAUGGUAAACUCAUGCAUGCUCAGAUGACACAUACCACUGAUAUGGAGGUUGCUGGUCUGACCAUGAAAUUCGACAGUGUGGCUAACUUCAACUCACCAGCUCUUCGUUUCGACAGUACAGUCAAAACUGUUGCUGAACCCUUCACUCUGAAUAUUGAUGCCAUUUUCAACUCGAAUGGUGCAGCAUAUCUUUAUGGUGAGCAGAGCGGUGAAGUAUACAGCAAAUUCCUCCUGAAGGCUGAACCCCUGUUGUUCACACAAUCAUUUGAGUACAGAGCCUCAACCAGCCAUAAACUGGAGAACAGACCAAUUAUCAACACCAACAUGGACAACAAGUUCAACAGCAUGCUGAGUUUCCAAGAGCAAAGUGUCAGCCUGAAGAUGGUAUCCUCCGUGGAUGAGCACAGUUUUAAUCAAGAAAUUAAUGCCUUUAACAACGCAGAGAGAUUGGGUAUUGCGAUGUCAGGAGCUGUUUCAACCCCCCUCUUCAGUGAGGCGAAUCAAGAGUACGCCAUUUCUGGAUUUGUGAAAUACGACAAGAACAGUGACAGUCACUUCAUCCAGAUCCCAUUCAUUGAGCAUAUGCCUGCAGUUAUUGAAAAUGUAAAGACCACAAUGAUGAGGAUGAUGGACCACAGCAUUGAGAUGCUGAAAGACACCAACACCAAGUAUGAGAUCAGUGCCACAAUGCAGAACAAAGUGUCAGAACUGAAGGAUGUCAUUGACAACUUUGACUUCAGCCUUUUUAUCCAAGACCUGACAAAGUUUAUCAACUCAAUUGAAAACUACAUGUCCAACCUCACAGGCAAAUUCCCAACUGACAAAGUCAUGAAUGUGAUCAAAUCAUUGAAAGACGCCAUCAUGGCUUGGAUCAAGAAGCAUAACUUUGCUAACAACUUCAAUAUAAUGUAUGCCAAAGUAGAGGAGAUCCUUUCUAGCUAUGAGGUGGAGAAGAUUAUUGGGGCCAUUAUGGAUGAGGUUGUUAAAAUUAUGAAGCAGUAUGAGGUAAGGGAAAAGAUCCAGUCUGCAUUUGCUGCUAUCAAGUCAAUUGACAUCAAGCCCUUGCUCGAAAAAGUGAUGGCACCUGUUCAGGACCUUGUGAAUGAACUGUAUACCUUUAACUUCAAACAGCUGAUUGAUGACAUGACAGACUAUUUCAUGAGGAUGGUUCAGAAAAUCAGAUCUUUUGAUUAUGACACAUUCACUGUGGAGUUGAAAGAGAAAGUGGCAGAUAUGAGCAAGAUUCCCUGUUUUGGAAAACUCUCCGGAGAGUUGAAAGUAAACAUACCACAACUCAAACUUAAGACCACUGCUGACUUUGAGAACACCACAAUUACAUCAGACACACCAGAGUUCAAAAUCAACCUUAACUCACAGGCUACAUCUACUUUGCAAAUCCUCGACUACACCAUCGAUGCCAGUGCUCAUUUGGCUGUGCCGAAGAUGAGUCGCCUGUCUUUCUCGGAGAACAUUAAAAUUGAUCAGUCAUGUUUCUCACUUGACCACAAGGGAUCAAUGACUCUCUAUGGCCUGUCAGCUCAAGCUUCUGCUGACACUACUGGAAAAGUGAACACUGAGGUCUUUUUUGCCGAGCUGGUCAACAAUGCAUUCUUUGCAAUGGAAAAUGGAGUUUCUGCCACUGUGGAGACUGUCUACAAACAUGACCUCAAAGUGCCCCUCUUCAGAAAUUCCCUAAUCAUGAUAAAUCAAAAGAAUGUCCUCCAGAUUGAAGCUGGAACUGCCCGUCUGACCGUUACCAAUGUGGCCAAUGAAAAAUGGUCAGCGCCAAUUUUGGACAUCGUAGAUGAGAUAAACCACAAGAGUGACAUGGAGGUGGUCAUGGAUCUCCACACUGCCAAAAUGACUUUCAUUGGAGCAACAGAUAGCAUCUUGUUCAAACUGAAUCAAAAUGUGGAUGCUGAAAUCUGCAUCUUCCGCCACAUUAUUAUUAAUUCCAAGUUUGAGACAGAAACACCUUUCAUGAAGGGAAGCGUUGCAGAGGUCAAGUUCCAGGCUAAUGCUGGAGACAUGAAAAUUGAUUUAACUGCCUCUCACAGUGUUGAGCUGGCAGGAAAGGUUGAAGGAACUCUCUCAAACUCUGCACUUGCUUUGAUCACACCUAGUGAGCUUAUGUUUGACACCAAGAACAAGGGAAAUGUCAAGGUUACCCUUCCAUUGAAGCUGUCUGGAAAGAUGGAUCUCCAGAAUGACAUGUCUUUGACCCUGAACUCUGAAACGCAGCAGGCUAUAUGGAACGGUCUGGCUAGAUUCAAUCAGUACAAAUACUCCCAUUACUUCACCAUGGAAAAUGGUGACAGUGAAAUCAACAUAUUGUCCCAGAUCAAUGGAGAAGCAAAUCUGGAUAUGCUAAAGGAGCCCAUCACCAUUCCAGAAAUGACUGUGCCAUUUAUUGGUUUGACGACACCAAAAGUGGAAGACUACUCUCUGUGGGAAGACACUGGCCUGAGCAACCUCCUGAUCACUACUCAGCAGACAUUUGACAUGAACUCCAAGCUGAAGUACAUGAAGAACCCUGAGGUGAUUACAAUUGACAUCAAUGUGGAGCCACUCAUCAAUUUCAUUAAUAAGAAUGUCAAGACUCUGCACAAGAAAGCGCUCAUCCACAAAGAUAAGGCUGCUGUUGUCCUGGUAUCAACUUAUGAAGAAGCCAAGGCAGAGUAUGAAAAGUACAGCGUUGAUUUGCCCAAAAUCAUUACAAUUCCUGCAUACAAAGUUCCUGUGAUUAAUAUCGAGGUGUCCUCAUUCACCAUUCCCCUCCCCGACGCCAGUCUCAUCACAAUGCCUGCUCUGCAUGUUCCAUCUGCCCUCAGCAAGCUGACUCUUCCAAAAAUCACUCUGCCCAAAAUUCAGAACAUUAGAAUUCCAGUACUGGGGGAUCUGACCUACGAGUGCUCCAUGAAAACAGCAAUGGUUACUCUCAAAACUGAUGCCAGCAUCCUUAACCAGGAAAGCAUUCUCAUUAAAUUUGACGCUUCCUCAACCUCUGAGUUUGAGAUUCUGAAUGGAAAGAUUGAGGGCAACGCCAACCUGAACAAAGUUGGUGGAAUUAAAAUGGCCUCUGUCCUGUCUGUGAAACAUUUAAUGUUUGAGGGAAACCAUGAGAGCACUCUCACCUUAAGCUAUGAAAAUGUGGAUACUUCCAUCACCAAUUCAGCAAAGAUCAAUCUACCUGUCCUGACCAUGGAAGUCUAUCAGGAGAUUACUGGAAAUCCAGAGGAAGGCCUUGUUGUCUCUAUGUCCACUCCAUCUGCAGGACUUGUUGCACUUCAGAUGCAGACUAAGCGCCCAGCUCAAAUUAAAGCAAGAGUCUACGGUCGCUACCCGUCCGAGCCAACAAACGACAUUGAUAUCUUCGGUCUGAAGAUGUCUGUGAUGAACUCUGAGAAGCUGAACCUUCAGACAACCUGGAACAUGGAGAUGCCAUAUGAGAUGGUGCUGGGACUGAAGAAACAGGUGCCCGCAGUAAUGGAAAUGGUAUCUGAUCCUGCUGUCAACACAUAUAACACCAUCUACAGACAAGCGAGAAGCCUUGAGGGUUCUUUUGAGCAGGCUAAAGAUCAGGGUAAAGAGAUGUUCAAGAGGGCAUUUGGCAACCUUGCAGCAGUAAACCCUUCUAUUGUUAUGACAACUGUCACAGAUAAGACCAUUUUGAUCCUCCAAGAAUACCAAAAGAAAGUUGCAAUUGUCCUUGAUGCUGUUGUUAAAUUCCUGAGAGAGACCAAGUUCCAGCUCCCUGGGUAUGAACAGAGGCUGUCUGGGCUCGAGGCUUACCAGGAAUUAAGUACUUUUAUUGCUGAUGUAUCUGAGGAGGCUGUUCAAAGGGUUCCAGAGUAUUUUGCCUCCAUGUUUAAAGCGGUCCUUGAUUAUGUCCAAGCCAUUGAAUUCACUCUUCCUGGCUCUAACCACGUUGUCAUUGGAAGAGAAGUUCUUGAUGACUUGUUUGUAGCUUUGAAGAAAAUUCAGGACCAAGUUAUUCUCACUGUUAGGAAACUGGGGGAAAUUCAGCUGGAAGAUGUCAUUAAUAAAUUAUCUGGAUUUGUGCAGUUUACCACUGAACAAAGUGAGAAGUUUCUGCAAACCCUUAAAUCUCAAAACGUAGAAAAGCUCUCAAACUUUAUGUCUGAAGUAUACGAUGAUGCCAUCAACUCUCAGGUCCUGGCUGAUGUUACCAGGCAGGUUGAAGAGGCCCGCAAAAUUGUUGUAGAAUAUCUUCAAGCUGUGAAAGCUAAACUCCAGAUUAUUUUGGCUGACAUGUCUUUUGAACAGCUUCAAGCCGACAUCCAGUCCUGGAUUGACUUAUUGGCAAAACGUGUGAACACUUUCCACAACAAUGUCAUUAAGACACUUAAGGAGAAAAGCCAAAGUAUUGAACCAUAUGUGAGAGUAGGUGAUAGACAGUUGGAAGUGAACAUUCCUUUAUCAUUUUCCGCAUAAGUCAACCAACUGACCAUGGCUAACCAGGAUAUAUAUCAGUGUUUGUAUUGACUGUA